AUGCACUGUUCAUGUCAUAAGUCAGCCGUGGCCGCAUACUUCCGCAUUCUGAUUGGGGCAUGCUCAAGACGUCCCGGCCGCUACCCAGCAACGCUCGCGCCCAGGCAGCAGUCGGAGAGCAGACGCCCGAAAAGCUUGGACGCUUGGGCUGUGGCCCGCGUGGCCACGCUGCGCGACGCCCAUGGCGUGGCGUUUCCGGACAUCGCCGCGAAGGUGCGGAACGCGUCUGGCGAGAACCCCACUCCUCGGACAUGCGCAAACGCGUAUUGGGCGCUGAAGGCGCCGGGCGAUUUCGCAGCGGGCCUGUUUCCUGCCCGCUGGCGGCCCGUGAAGCUGACGCUGGCGAUUGCGAAACGCAUCGUGCGUCGCCUCGUUGUGCUCCGCAGGCGAGGACCGUGCGCGGCGACGACGGUGCGAGCAGACCUGGCCCGAACCAAGGGGGUGUCGCUGGACGUGAGCAAGGCGUGGCAGGGCCGGGCAUCGGCGACGUUGGCCAGUGGGGCCGCAUUUCGAUGCCUCGUUGCCGCCGCGCCUCAGUGUGAUCACGCGGUGGACACGGCUGGCCGGCGCCGCGAUGCCGGCCCCGGUGCCCGACGUCGUCCUGCUGUCUCUGGCUCGCAGGUCCGCCGCGUUCUACGGGAAACCGGGUGCAAGCGGCUCCCCCGCGUGAAGCGACGGGUGUGCACUGCUGACGAGCGCGAGGAGCGGCGGGCUUUCGCCCAGAGCAUCGUGGACCUCACCCCCGCGCAGUUCAGGGCGCGGAUCCACAUGUCCAUGGACGGGGUGGUUCUGGCGCUGCCACCGCGUGAGCCCAAGGGGCGGAUGGCCUACCUGCGGCAGGGCAAGGAGAUGGUUUGGCGAAAACCGGAGGAGCCAGCCCUCUCGGAGACAGCCGGGAGUGGCAACAAGUACGACGGCCAAGUGCCGCUGUCCCGCGCGCUCCCGAUGUGGGGCGGCAUCAGCGGGGGCGGGGCCGCGCCGGUGAUCUUCCAUGCGAAGAAGAAGAUCAAGAAGGGGGGCUGGGCCCAGGCCGUCCCCGGACACCUCUUCACGGCGCUCUUGGCCAUCGACCCAGGUCGGCGGCGGGGCCCUUUCAGGAUCCUCUGCGACAGUGAGACGUUUUUGACUUCGAGUGUAUGCCAGGGCGCACGCGACGCCAAGAGCAUCCGCUUGAUGCACGUGCCGGCCCGCUCGCCGGAUUUGAAUCCGGUCGAAGUGCACUGGUCGUGGCUGCGUCGCCGCUUGCGCGCCCUUGAUCUGAAGGGCGCGCAGUGCAAGCGAGAGGUGCCAGGGGCACUCGCCUACCAGCAGCGGGUGCGCGCUGUCAUGAAGUCCGCGAAGUCGCGGGCUGUGGCUGGAAACAUCAUGCGCGGCCCCCAGAAGAAAUGCGCCAAGAUCGCAGCGCUAG